AUGACCAUCACCAAGGCUCAAAGCCUCACCGUGCGCACCUCCUUCACGGCCUCAGCCGCAGCAACAGUCCAUUAUGGUGAGAACGUCCCGCUCAUACGUGAAUUCAGCAACCGCAGACUGUUGUUAAAUGCAUAUUGCAUAUUUAUAGCAGCUAUAAAGGAAAGAGCCAAACAAAAGAAAAAAGAAACAAAAGGGCCUCCAAAGAUAAGGUUGGAUAAGCUUAUAGUAGAGUCUAUUACCAAUUUGAAGGAACCGAGGGGUUCUGACAGGGCUGCAAUUGCUUUGUACAUAGAGGAGCGAUACUGGGCACCACCAAACCUCAAAAAACUACUGUCCACAAAGUUGAAGCAUAUGACUGAAAACGGAAGAUUGAAUAAGAUAAAACAUAAGUACAAGAUGGCACCAAUUUUGAUAUCUUCUGAAAAAAGAAGAAGCUCUUCAUUGUUACUCCUGGAGGAAAGGCAGAAGGAUACUUUAAAGGCGCAAAAGAGAGAGAUCAAUGUUCUCACAAAAGCCCAAGUCGAUGCAGAGCUAAUGAAGAUGAAGGGUAUGACUGCACAAGAGGCUGCUGCAGCGGCUGCACAAGCAGUUGCAGAAGCAGAAGUUACUAUCCGUGAGGCUGACAUGGCAGCUAGGGAGGUAGAGGUUGCAGCUGAAGCAGAACAAAUUUUUGCCAAGGCAGCAAUGAAGGCACUGAAAUGUGGAACACUCCGUGCUUGGUAA